GCGCUCAAAAAUACUUAACAUUAGUUUUGUAAUUUUUAAAAAUAUUGUGCCAAAGCAACAAGUCAUUACCUACAUUUAAAUGUAAACUUCUGUGCUUCAGAGCAAAACCACAUGUAUUAUGGUAUUAAUAAGAAGUUUGUGGUCAAUAUUUUUGGGAUUCCUACUGUUUUUAUGCGUUAAAUUAGAGCACUCUGAACCUGAAACAGAACUCCACAAAAUACUGACAUUUUUCUCUUUUUCGCUGUUUUAUUAUUUUAAUCUCCACAUAUUUUAGAUUUUGAUGUAUUGUUUAUAUGUUUCAGUGUUUACAUUUUUUUUAUUGUCUUGAAAUUUUAAAGUAUUUUUAAUUAUCUGGGGUGGCCAAAAGAAGUUUGCAACAUUAAUGGGAUUAUUUUGGUUAAAUAAUUUUUUUUUUUUUUUUUUCUUGUGCUUUGCUUUUUCAGACAAAAAAAACACCCCUUGUUGAUGUGAAAGUGAGGGUUGGAAGUCUGAUAUAUUGGUAAAACUUUUAGUUGCAUUUUGAUCUUUUAUUUUGUUAUGAAUUUAAAUAAAAAUAUCUCAAAAUUAGGCUUUUUAGAGCAAAUAUUAAGCAAUAAAAAUAAUUAAAAUAGAUUAUUUAGGUUAAUUAAUUACAGAUCACGAUUAAUUAAUCACACAUUAUGAAAGCACUAAUAUAUAUUUAACAUGAAGCUUGUCAGAGUGGGGCCGUGAAAAUCUCAGAGCCGCCCCUGGAAGUGAAGUAAAGCGCCUGUUGAGUCGAGCUCGGGGAGGUGAUGUCUCUUUAAGAGGCUCUGCCGAAACAAUCGUACAACCCCCCAACAAGUCAUCGGGCCUGUCAAUCAUCCGGUCGGCGCCCUUUGAUGUCGGGACUCCUUGCCUUGUCUUGCGCUCAAAUGAGCUGUUUGCUGUAGUGGAGAAACAUUGGUCUUCUACGGAUCGGGCAGCCGGGGGAACGCCAUCAACGCAACUUUUUCUGAAUGCGCUGCGGGUUUCUCGACUUUGGAGGCGCCCCAGACUGAGGAGCGUUAACAGAAAAGUCACUUUCCCCCCUACUUUUGCUUGUUUUCCUUUUCUUUUUUUAUUUUAUUCUAUUUACAUAACGUAAAUAAGGUCGCAGGGGGGAGCAGUCAUGCCUCAGCUCAGCAGUGGCGGAGGGGAUGACCUGGGCGCAAAUGAUGAGAUGAUAUCGUUCAAAGACGAGGGAGAACAAGAGGAGAAAAUCCAAGAAAACGCCUUCACGGAGAGAGACCUGGCCGACCUGAAGUCCUCCCUGGUCAACGAGUCGGAGAUCCAUCAGAGUCCGAGCGCGGCGGCGGUCAGACGGGGGCAGCAGGGCGAGCAGAGGGGCUUCCCAGACAAACACCGAGAGCAUCUCGAAGUGGUGUCGAAGCAACAAGAUGGAAGCAUGUACAAGUCGGCGGCGUACCCGGGGUAUCCGUUCCUGAUGCUGCCGGACCCCUACCUCCCCAACAGCUCGGUGUCUCCAUCUUCUAACAAAGUCUCGGUGGUUCAGCAGUCCCACGGGAUGCACCCGCUGACGUCCCUGCUGCCCUACAGCAAUGAUCACUUCAGCCCAAGUCCCCCACACCUGCCCACAGACAUGAGUCAGAAAACAGGCGUUCCCAGGCACCAGUCCCAGGACCUCCCGGGCUAUUACUCCCUUCCUCCAGGUGGCGUCGGCCAGAUUAGCCCCUCCAUGAGCUGGCAGAGCCAGACCGUCUAUCCUGGCCUGUCCCCCUGUGGAUUCAGGCAGCCCUACUCCUCCAACCUCCCCAGCGCCUCAUCCUACUCCAGGUUUCCUCACUCUCUGAUGCUCGGACCAUCCGGCAUGCACCCUACAGGGAUCCCCCACCCAGCCAUAGUGCCCCAUUCAGGCAAACAGGAGCACGAUCAGUACGACAGGGGCAUGUAUGUGAAGCAGCAGGUGGAGACCAAACGGGAGAAGGAGCCCAAAAAACCCGUCAUCAAGAAACCCCUGAACGCCUUCAUGCUGUACAUGAAGGAGAUGAGGGCGAAGGUGAUCGCAGAGUGCACAUUAAAGGAGAGCGCCGCCAUCAAUCAGAUUUUAGGACGGAGGUGGCACGCGCUGACUCGGGAAGAGCAGGCCAAGUACUACGAGCUGGCCAGAAAAGAAAGACAACUGCACAUGCAGCUCUACCCGACCUGGUCCGCUAGAGACAACUACGAGGCGGGCCUUAGCGGGGUCGCAGGGGAAAAGAAUAAAGCUGAUUGGGGCAAGAAGAAGAGAAGAAAAAGGGAGAAGCAGCAGGACUCCAACACAGACCCGGGUUCUCCUAAGAAAUGCCGGGCUCGCUUCGGCCUCAACCAACAAACGGACUGGUGCGGUCCCUGCAGGAGGAAAAAGAAGUGCAUUCGCUACCUUCAAGGAGGAGGCUGCCCCAGCCCAUCUUCUUCAGAUAUAAGUGCUAUAGACUCUCCCCCCUCCCCUUGCCCCGGCCGCCUUCGCCUCUACCAGCACCCCCCGUCUCCGGGCUACUCCCCGCCGCCCUCCUCCCCGUCCACGCGCCUCCCCUUGCCGUCGCACACCCGCUCGCACUCCGCCGACAAACGCGGCGCCCCCCAUCCGCCCGCCGCCAAGCUCGCCCACACGCUCCUGGAACUGUCCAAGCAGACGCAUUGCUCAAGGGCGCUGUCGGCCGCCAAGGUGGCAGGACUCUCCCUCAAAGUGUUGACAGAGACUCAGUGAUCGCCGCCGCCUCACCGCAUUUGUCAGUAUUAGGCAUCAUCAUCAUCAUCAUCGGAGGACUUCCUCGUUAGCUGCUCCUUUCUCAAAUCGCUUCUUCAUCAUAUGAAAGAAUGGAGGUUCAUAUAUUUGUGGCAAAACGUUGAUUCUUUCAACAGAAGUCGCAUCUUGAGGUGUAUUUCUGUAGGAGACGAGCUUCUCCACAUCUGAGUUUCAAGUCCUGCUUAAACAAAACUAAAGUCGUCAUUUUUAGCCCCUAAAGUCCAUUUUUUUAAGUCAAAUCAUAAAAAAAGUAAACUAAAAUUAAGAUAUUUUAAUUUCUCCUCCCAGAAAUACUCCUUUCCUCUUCAUUCAGAUCAAAGCAUUCAGUCAUGAGGGGAGCACUGACCAUGACAACCUCAGAUUAACAAAAGGGAAGGAUUAUUAUUAUUUCUUCUGCCACCCUUUUUACUUCCUUUCUGGAUUUUGUUGUUGUAACCAGCUGUGCGACUAACUGUAUUUGUGAUUUGAGCUGGGCUAAAUGUAAUUAACGCAAUUAAAAAGACAAUUACAAGUAUUUUUUAGGCACUUCCAGGCUUCAGGUUCAACUGUAUUUCCAUCUUUCUUAUUUUUUUAAAUGCGUGUGUAUAAUUUUAAUGUUAUUUUUAAAGUUAAAUUUCCCAUUGACCAAUAUCUACAGCGCCAAAAAACAAAUCUGAGACCAAAUGAGUGAUAUUUUUAAAUGCAUUGUGUUGUAAAGUCUUAUAUUGUAAUUAAACUUUUUUUGUAUGUUUUUAUGAAAAAACAAAAAAUGAAAUGACUAAAAAAAAUUCUGUUUAAAACUUUUUUUAUUUUAAAGCAGUGUUUUUUUGUGAAGAACUGUUUUGAGGUCUGAUGUUACAGCAGCAGCAGCAACAGUCAAACUAUGUAUUGUGUUUUAUCUGCAUGUUUGAAACUUUGAGUUAAAAGGCUUUUAUGUUUUUUUAUUUUACUUCAGCAGGUGGCGCUCUUGUGCAAAAUUAAACUUCAGGACAGUUGAGAAAACCAUGUUAUUUUUUGUAUUUUUUAAAGCCUUGAACCCUGAUGUAUUGCUAGUAUUUUUUUUGAUGUAAUAAAAUAUAAAUAUCUCUUUUGGCUGAAACCUUAAAUCCUGAAAAAGAUCUUUUGUUUCACAUCAAGACACAAAACACACAAAAUUCAUGGAGUAGAUUUUUAUUCCUUCAUCCCCUAAACCAGCAUCAGCUCAUCUGAGAAAAAGGUUUUCUAAUUCAACACAUGAAUAAAGCCGUUUCCACUUCAAACUGCACCUUUCCAAUCAACAACUUCUUAACGAGGUUUCACAAAACGGUACAUUUACAGAGAAAAAAAAAAA